AUGGAAAAGCAAAAUCUCACGGUGGUGAGUGAAUUCAUUCUGAUGGGUAUCACAUCGUGCCCUGAGCUGCAGGCUCCACUGUUUGGGCUCUUCCUCAUCAUCUUUGUGGUCACUGUGCUGGGCAACUUGGGCAUGAUCAUCCUCACCAAGGUAGAACAGAGCCUGCAAACACCCAUGUACUUUUUUCUGAGACACUUGUCUGUUACAGAUCUUGGUUAUUCUACAGUUGUGGGCCCCAAAAUGUUAGUAAAUUUUGUUGUGGAUAAGAAUACAACAUCCUAUUUUUUGUGUGCCAUGCAGCUAACAUUCUUUCUUGUGUUCAUCAUUUGUGAACUUUUUAUUUUGUCUGCAAUGGCCUAUGAUCGCUACGUGACCAUCUGCAACCCUCUGCUCUACACAGUCAUCAUGUCUCAAAGACUAUGUCAAGUGUUGGUUGCAAUUCCUUACCUCUACAGUAUAUUUGUUUCUCUUCUAAUCACCAUAAAAAUUUUUAAUUUACCUUUUUGUGGCAACAAGAUUAUAAGUCAUUUCUGUGACAGUCUCCCCUUGUUAUCUUUGCUGUGCUCAAAUACACAUGAAAUUGAGUUAAUCAUUUUGAUUUCAGCAGGGUUUAAUCUGGUUUCAUCUCUUGUGAUACUCCUGUUUUCUUACCUACUCAUCAUUGUAGCUAUUUUCAGGAUGAACUCUGCUGAAGGAAAGCACAAAGCUUUAUCCACCUGUGGAUCCCACCUGACAGUGGUCAUAGUGUUCUACGGGACUUUGAUAUUUAUGUAUGUACAGCCCAAGUCCAGUCACUCCUUUGACAGUGAUAAAGUGGCUUCCAUAUUUUACACUCUGAUCAUCCCCAUGUUGAAUCCCUUGAUCUACAGCUUGAGGAACAAAGAUGUAAAGUGUGCCCUAGAAAGGAUGUGGAAAAAUUUAUGUAAUAUUGUUUCUAAUAUUCUCAAUAUGAUUCUUAUCAAUUUGAUUAUGGACAUAAAAUUUUAG